AUGAGCAAUGGUGAGGUAAUUGAUAGACAAUGGUUAGUGUAUUCAAAGGAGAAAAAUGUUAUCUUCUGUUUUCCCUGCAAAUUAUUUGAAAGUGGAUCAGGCCAGCUUGAAACACAUGGAUUUAAUGAUUGGCAGCAUACAUCCGAGAAAUUAAAACGACACGAAGUAUCCAAAACACACUUUAAAGCAAUGGAUACAUGGACUGAAGCUCGUUUUAGAGCUAUAAAUCAUUCUAAUGUUAUUCAUUUGUCUGAAAAACUUUAUAUUAAGGAAAAACAGAAAUGGAGAAAUAUUUUGGAAAGACUAAUAGCCAUUAUUCAAUAUCUAGCCGAACAUAAUAUGGCAUUAAGAGGUUCAUCUGAUUUGCUGAAUACACCAAAUAAUGGGAAUUUUUUAGGCCUUGUAGAACUGGCUCGGUAUGAUUCUAUCCUAAUGGAACAUGUAAGUUAUGUUAAAGUAGCAAGACAUGGAGUUACCUAUUUAAGCAAAGAUAUACAAAACGAACUUAUAUCUCUGAUGGCUAAUCGAAUUAGAAAUACUCUGAUCGAUCGAAUAAAAGCUGCUAAGUAUUUUUCUGUUAUUUUGGAUUGCACCCCAGACACUUCUCAUGAGGAGCAACUUUCCUGCAUCAUACGAUAUAUUUAUAUACACAACGGUGAAAUACAAAUAUGUGAAAGUUUUACUGGGUUUUUGGUGGCUAAAGAUACUAGCGGAUUAGGAUUGGCUACAACUCUAAAACAACAUCUGAAUGACUGUGGACUUGAUUUUACAAACUGCAGGGGACAAGGAUAUGAUAAUGGAGCAAACAUGAAAGGAUUCAAAUCCGGUGUGCAAGCCCAACUUUUACGAGAGAACCGAAAAACUUUUUUUACACCAUGUGGCUGUCAUAAUUUAAAUCUCGUGUUGGCAGAUAUUGCUAACGUUUCUCCGAAGGCUGUUACAUUUUUUGGUGUAAUUCAACGACUUUACACAUUUUUGUCAGCUUCUAACUAUAGAUAUGAUAUAGCUAAGAAACAUUUAAAACUUACACCAAAAACACUAUCUGGGAAAAACACUACUCGAUGGGAAUGCCGCGUAGAAAGUGUAAAAGCUGUACGGUUCCAAAUCAAAGAGUUUGUACAAAUAUUUGAAGAAAUUUUAACCGAACCUAAAGAUGCGAAAACUUAUAGCGAAGCUACUUCUUUAUUGAAAGAAAUUCAAUCUUUUCCAUUCAUAUUAUCAACUAUUAUAUGGUAUGAAUUACUUGUAAAAGUUAACAGAGUAAGUAAAAUACUUCAGCAAACGGAUAUGCAAAUGGUUGUGGCUAUAUCAUUUCCUGAUAAUCUACUCAAAGAAUUAUCAACUUUUAAAGGAUAUGCAAAUGGAUGUGGCUAUAUCAUUUCUUAA